GCUCUUUCUGCGUUUGCCCAGUCAAGGGUAUCUUUGCCUGAGGUCGGAGUGAUGCUGUUAGUACUGGUGAUAUGAUUGCAUAGCAACACAGGGCAGCUCCGAGAGGGGAGGAGGAGGAGAAGGAGAAGGAGGGCAGGGAAGUGGGAGAGACAGAGGGAGAGUGUGCAUACAGCAGCUGUCGGCAUCCCUGUCUCAGGGACUUCUUUGCUGAUUCACAGAGGCAGCCCAGCCCCGGCCUUUCAGCUUCCAGCUGCCGCCUGCUUCUCAGACCUGACGGAAUCAGAAGCUAUAUAAUAUUUCAUAUGUGAGUGGCUACCAUAAUAUAUAACACUUUAGUACUUACUAAAUGCCAGAAACUAUGAAUUAACUCCUUGCAACAAGACUAUAAGGUUCUUAAUGCUCAACAGUCAGUGCACUGCCCAUCCUCACCCCCCAUGAGCCUUGGUUCUGAUGCAACCUAUGGUCAUGCAGGGAUGCCCUUACACCUUCCCACGAUGUCAUGAGUGGCGGGCAGCUGACCAGUUUCAUCAUAGCAGCAGCCUCCGAAGCACUUGUCCCCAGCCUCAGGUUAGAGCUGCUGUCACUACCCCCGUGCCUCCUCAGGAUGGUGCUGGGGUUCCCUGCCUAAGUCUAAAGCUAUUGAACGGGUCUGUCGGUACUGCUGGACCCCUGGAACCACCAGCCAUGAAUCUGUGUUGGAAUGAAAUAAAAAAGAAAUCUCACAACCUCCGUGCUCGCCUAGAGGCCUUCUCAGACCACAGUGGAAAGCUUCAGCUCCCUCUCCAAGAGAUUAUCGACUGGCUCAGCCAAAAGGAUGAGGAAUUGUCAGCUCAGCUGCCCCUACAAGGGGAUGUGGCCCUGGUGCAACAGGAAAAGGAGACACAUGCGGCCUUUAUGGAAGAAGUCAAGUCCCGGGGUCCCUACAUCUACUCUGUGCUGGAGUCAGCUCAGGCUUUCUUGUCCCAGCACCCAUUUGAGGAAUUAGAGGAACCUCAUCCUGAGAGCAAAGAUACCUCCCCCAGACAGCGGAUCCAGAAUCUUAGUCGCUUUGUGUGGAAGCAGGCGACAGUGGCCAGUGAACUAUGGGAGAAGCUGACAGCCCGCUGUGUAGACCAGCACCGUCACAUUGAGUGCACUCUGGAACAGCUGAUGGAGAUCCAAGGGGCAAUGGAGGAAUUAAGCACUACUCUGACCCAAGCUGAGGGAGUCCGAGCCACUUGGGAACCCAUUGGGGAUCUCUUCAUUGAUUCACUCCCUGAGCACAUCCAGGCUAUUAAGCUAUUCAAAGAAGAAUUCUCCCCUAUGAAAGAUGGGGUAAAGCUGGUGAAUGAUCUGGCCCAUCAGCUUGCCAUUUCUGAUGUGCACUUGUCAAUGGAAAAUUCCCGGGUCCUGGAGCAGAUCAACAUCCGGUGGAAACAGCUACAGGUGUCAGUUGGCGAGAGGCUGAAGCAGCUCCAGGAUGCCCACAGGGACUUUGGGCCUGGGUCACAGCACUUCCUCUCCUCCUCUGUCCAGGUUCCCUGGGAAAGAGCAAUUUCACCCAAUAAAGUUCCCUACUACAUCAACCACCAGGCUCAGACCACAUGUUGGGACCAUCCCAAGAUGACAGAGUUAUACCAAACCUUAGCUGAUCUGAACAACAUUAAGUUCUCAGCUUAUCGCACCGCCAUGAAGCUCCGCAGAGUGCAGAAGGCCCUGCGCCUGGACCUGGUAACUUUAACCACAGCCCUGGAGAUCUUCAACGAGCAUGAUCUGCAGACCAGUGAACACGUGAUGGACGUGGUGGAGGUCAUUCACUGCCUGACUGCCUUAUACGAACGACUGGAGGAGGAAAGAGGCAUCCUGGUUAAUGUGCCACUCUGUGUGGACAUGAGCCUCAAUUGGCUUCUCAAUGUUUUUGAUAGUGGUCGCAGCGGAAAGAUGCGGGCAUUGUCCUUUAAGACUGGCAUUGCAUGCCUGUGUGGCACAGAAGUGAAGGAAAAACUUCAGUACCUCUUCAGCCAAGUAGCCAACUCAGGCAGCCAGUGUGACCAACGCCACCUUAGUGUCCUGCUUCAUGAAGCCAUUCAGGUGCCUCGCCAGCUGGGUGAAGUGGCAGCCUUUGGGGGCAGCAAUGUGGAGCCCAGUGUCCGUAGUUGCUUCCGUUUUAGCACAGGGAAGCCAGUCAUUGAAGCUUCCCAGUUCUUGGAGUGGGUCAACUUGGAGCCCCAGUCCAUGGUGUGGCUGGCUGUCCUGCAUCGGGUUGCCAUUGCUGAGCAAGUGAAGCAUCAGACCAAGUGCUCUAUCUGUAGGCAGUGCCCCAUCAAGGGAUUCAGGUACCGGAGUCUGAAACAAUUUAACGUUGACAUCUGCCAGACCUGCUUCCUGACAGGCAGGGCCAGCAAAGGCAACAAGCUGCACUACCCCAUCAUGGAGUAUUACACACCGACCACAUCCAGUGAGAACAUGAGGGACUUCGCCACAACCUUAAAGAACAAAUUCCGCUCCAAGCAUUAUUUCAGCAAACACCCUCAGCGAGGUUAUCUGCCUGUACAAUCAGUGCUGGAGGCUGACUACAGCGAGACGCCGGCUUCUUCUCCAGUGUUGCCACACGCUGACACACACUCCCGCAUUGAACAUUUUGCCAGCAGGCUUGCUGAGAUGGAAAGUCAAAAUUGUUCCUUCUUUAAUGACAGCCUUUCCCCAGAUGACAGCAUAGAUGAGGACCAGUACCUGCUGCGGCACUCCAGUCCCAUCACAGACCGGGAGCUAGGCUUUGGACAGCAGGCUCCAUGCAGCAUGGCCACGGAAAGCAAGGGGGAGCUAGAAAAAAUUCUGGCCCACUUGGAAGAUGAGAACCGGAUUCUCCAGGGAGAGUUGAGGCGCCUGAAGUGGCAGCAUGAAGAGGCUGCGGAGGCACCCACCCUGGCUGAGGGCUCCGCCGAGGCAGCUGCAGAUCACCGCAAUGAAGAGCUUCUGGCUGAGGCCCGGAUCCUGCGGCAGCACAAGAGCCGCCUAGAGACACGCAUGCAGAUCCUGGAAGACCACAACAAGCAGCUAGAGUCCCAGCUGCAGCGCCUGAGAGAACUGCUCCUACAGCCACCCACCGAAUCAGAUGGCAAUGGCUCUGCAGGAUCGUCCCUAGCUUCCUCUCCACAGCAGUCAGAAGGCAGUCACCCCCAGGAGAAGGGACAGACUACUCCAGACACUGAGGCUGCAGAUGAUGUGGGGUCUAAGAGCAAGGAUGUCAGUCUGCGUUUGGAGGACAUCAUGGAGAAGCUCCGCCAUGCCUUCCCCAGUGUGAGAAGCUCUGAUGUGACUGCCAACACCUUGCUUGCCUCUUGAUGGAGCCAGAUCUCCAUCCUAUAGUCCAUAGUCCUCUCCUGGUUCCGAUCAAAGCCUUCCCUCAGCCUUCACCCAACCUUCCCAGUUUCUAUUGGCCCCACAUUCCUCAAGCAAAGUUAUCUGGGCUCCAGGCAGCAGAAGGGAUCUGGUGGUAUGUGAGGUGGGUGUCGGGGGGCAACAGGGAAAGGGAAGGCAUGAUUCCUCUGAUUCUAGAAAUGUUCCCUUUAAUCUUUAAGUUUGAGACUGCUCCCUUAAGUACCCUUCUGUUGCAGCCCAGGCAAAUGGUACUUGGCCAUUCAGAUGGGGAACAGAGAAGCUGACUUGUAGAGUUAAGCAGUGCCCACUGGCUCCUUUCCCUUUUCCAUGGAAUUAUGGAGAGGGAGAAGCCUAAUGACCCCAAGGUUCCAGCAUCAUGAAUCCACAGGGGUUAACCCUAUUUUCUCUGUCCCAACUCAGGGAGGCAACAAAGUAUCACUGAGAUACCCCUCCUCCCCAAGUGCCCCUGAAACAGUCUGGGCAGUGUGUAUCCUAUUACUCCAGCUCUGGGACAGAUCUCUAGCCAUUCUGAUGCUGCCUAGAUGUUGUUUCUUCUGCAAAUACCUUCAGUUUCUUCUGCCUCAGUCCCUGGAAGACCUUCCUCAAGUUCAUUUGGAAAUAUUAAAGAUAUACUUAAUAGGUUUAGAUAUUUUGCCCCCAAUCCUCCUAUUUCCUGAAGGCCUCAGCAUCCUGAGAGAACCACUAAGUUGCUCUGGAAACCCAGCUGAAACCACCCUUUGCUCCUCUGAGUCUGUCCUCACAGACAUGGGGAAGGAAUGGCAGAUUGCUCAGCAAGGGGGUCUUUUUCUCCUUGGGUGAGAAAGGGGAAGCCCCCCUCUAGCCUAGAGGAGUAUGACUGCCUAACACACUCCCAGGCUGUGACCUUCUAGCUCUUAGGCUGAAUUAAGUGAGGUGGCUGAUUGCUUCCAGCUAAUUAAGGUAUUUGCAACUGGCCACCAUGAGUAGCUGCCUCUCCCUAGGGGCCCCUGGCCACAAAUCAGGAAGCUGGCCACUUUCCAUCCAGACAACAGUAAGGCCUUCCUAUGCAUAAAACUGUUCUAACUCUGGAAGGUGAACUCAAUCUUCAAACUGAACUAACUCUUCCAAAGCAACAUAUACCAUGAUCCUUGUAUCCAGAAACUGUAGAUAGUAAGGGUGGGGAAGUGAGCUUGGGAACUUUGAACAAAUUCAGAACCUACUUAGGUAGUUUUCUACGAAGAGGGGCUUUAUAAUCUAGAGCCCUGCAGUCAACUUAAUUUGCCUAAGUUUAUAGACAUACAUAUCUAUUCUACAUAUCUACUGUACAUUAGUGCUCUCCUGGCCUCACUCACACAUUAAAUUCUAAUACCUCUGGAAGUAUUAAUGUUCUGCCUUGCUCUUUGUUAGCCCCAGCCUCUGGGUGGAAAGAUAGAUAGAUCCUGGCUGCUCCCCUAGGAUGUCUCUCUCCAUUGAUGUUUGGGGUUGGUUGUCCUCAAGACCAAAGCAACAGAAGCCUAUGACCACAGAAGAAUCUAACAGGAAGAGUCACCAUUCUCUUUACUCAUUCCAUAUCUUGUUCCCUUGAGACCUGGGCCUUGGGUGAAUUUUUCUGGGCUCCCUUAAACAAUGAUUCAGGUGCCAAAACAGAGCAAAUGCAAGCUCUGCCUAUCUCAUGCAGAAAAGAAGAAACAAAUAGACCUUUAUUAGCCUUUGCCAGGCUAAGACACAGAGUACAUUCUCUGGCCCCUUCCAAUUUCUAAGUUCUGGCUCAUGGCCUUAAAGAAAGCAGCAGUUGCCACCAAGAUCAGGAGAGAGUGAGACAGUUGGGGUGUUGUGUUAUAGUCAAGCUGUGGGCCAGUGUGUAGAACUGCCAGGGACCUGGUUUGAUCUGCUGCAGGGGAGGUAGGGUGGUGGUGUGGGUUCAGAAGCUUAGGGUUGCCUCCUCCCCAACUAAGCCUCAGGUCUAGGGUGUCAGACCUCAUACCACAAUAUUUGCUAUAGUAUUCAUGAGGUCUCCAGAUGGGAGCACUGGUAUCCGGGUAGAUGGUAAGCAGGUUAGGGAGGUAUCAAUCACAGAGCCUGGGCAUCAGUUGGAGUAGGGGCAUAAUUGUAGGGGCCUAGAUUGUGGACAGGACUGUGAGACAGAGGGCUCAGGGACUUGGAGGUAUAUGCCUGCUAAGCCUUAGAAGGGCAAAUAUUAUGGAACAAUCUUUUACCAGGAAAGUGCUGGAAAGUCCUUUCCCUUUCCCCUCUCCACUCCUCAACCAAGAGCUCUUGGGCUGCAGAGGGCCUGCAGCAACUGCAGUGAGCCAGGCAUGGUAGAAAAGACGUAUGUAGGAUUUGUGUUGUGGGUGAACUUAAGCAGCAGGUCAAGAGUUGAAUUCUCACUAAGGAGGUCACUGACACUUUAAGGGCCUGUGUUUGCCUUAAUGUCUGAGGUGAGUAUGUCACUCAAAGCCCAGUGACAGUCACUGUAGUAUGUGUGGGAAGUUUGCCCUCAGUGAGAUAAAUGGAUCCCUGGGCACUGUGAAUCCAAAUUGGGGUUGGAUUUACGGAAAUGUGUUGUAUGUUGUUAGGUAUCUGUUGUAUAUCAUGUCUUCUAAAGGUAUUGUAUGUGGCACUGUGUGAUUUAUCUACAUUGGAAGGGUGGUGAAGGGAGUUGCUGGGUUGAUAGCCUAAGGAAAACCUUCUGACUGUGGGAUUAGCAUCAGUGAUAAGAAAUGUGAGUGUUUGCUGGGAUUGUUGUCAAAUAGUAUCAGAGAACAGUUAGGGCUACUAAUGGGCGAUUUAUCUGUGACAGAGUUUGAUAGACACCAAAAAAGCCAUUAGAGGGUACCUCUGCAUCCAGCUAGAGCAGAGUGGAUUCACGUUAAUUGGGGAUUGUUAGGGAAGGCUAACUGGCUGGGGGACAUUAGACUGUGAUAUGGUUCCCUUAGGGAAGGUCCCACCCAGGAGGACAUGUGCCCUUCUCUCCAGACUGGAAAGGCUAGUAUCAAGGCCCUCGAGUGCCCAUUUUCUUCCAGGCCCAAAGUUGGGAAAUAUUUCCCUGCAGAGAAACCUGUUUGAGUUGCCGGUGCUCUAGGAACUGGGCUGGCAGACCACAGCAAUGAGAAACCCUGAGGCCAGGCAGAGGCCAAUCCUGGAAGAUGUUUUUCCCUCAGAUUCAUUUUAAGGAACACCUGGGCUUUCUGGGGUAUGUGUUUGAGAUUUGGGCUUCAAAUCAGACUAGAGCAUUAUUUGAACUCGCCUUCUCAAUGGCAGAGUCAUGGCAUCUGGGACCAUUUCAGGGCCAAGACUCCCAUCCAAUUUCCCUUCUCAUAUGUGACAGAUAACCAAGAAAGUAGCUACCUUAACAUGGAACAAUUCUGGGAGAUAAACGGGGCCCUAUGCUAGGGCUGUGGAAAGUGAGCUCCUCAGCUGGGCAGAGAACAAAGGAAUACUUCAGCUACUUCUCACCCUUUUAACACCAAUGGCUGUGGGAAAGGGAAAGGCUCAAGGCCAGGGCUCAGCUCCCAGGUCGGUCUCCUCCGCAGCUGCUGCAUUUGGGAGGGGGCCCGGCUGAAUGUCCUCACUGUCGCCAGGGCAGUAUUGAGGCCACACUGAAGCCUGCUAUUCUACUUGCUGGCUGCAAGAACUGGUCACAGGGAUCAGAAUUGGGGAAGGUAUUCAGGGAGGUGGCAAGGGUGGCAUGGAAGUCUACAAAAGUUUGGGACAAAUGGGCAGGGUUGGGAACAAAUUGGUUAACUUUGCCACUCAUUGUGGUGCUUUCCCCCUUUCCCUUGAAUUCUGCUUUGAACAGAAUAAAUUUGUAUUUGUUUACUUUGU